AUGAGCGAAUCUUCUGAAGAUGAAGAGGUGUUUGAAAGUUUAAUGGCUACAAGAACUCGGCGUUCUAAUGCCGGUUCAAGGCUAAAACAGUUGAUUGAGUUGGAAGAACAAGCAAAUGAAGCAUUAGGUUCAGCUAGUCAAUUUGCGACCGAGGAUGACGAGAAUGUCAAUUUGUUAUUCCAGGAAGACGGGGAAGAUCAAGAGUUUAUUGCAGAGGAGGAGAUGGAGGAGGAGGAGGAGGAGGAGGAGGGUGAAGAAGACAAAGAUGAAGCGACAAGAAAACGUAAACGGGAAACAGAUGAUAAUGAAGAGGAAGCGGGAGAAGGAGAAGGAGAAGGAGGAGAAGAAAUGGAAGAAGUGGAAGCAGACGAUGUUUUCUCAGACUCGGAUGAAGAUUCUUCUGAAUCUGAUGAAAGUGAGGGAGAGAGGGAGCUACAGAGGCAGGAAAAGAUAAAACGAAGGAAAAAGAAAACAUCCAUAGUCCCCAAGAUUAAAAAGAUAACUCAAGUGUCCUUGUCUUCGUCUUCAUCGUCAUUACCGGUAAAGAAAAAAAGGAAAACCCCGUUGGUAACAUCAGAAUCCCUUCUUUUAGAAACACGACGGUCCUCCUCUAGAUCAUCUGCCGUUGAAAGUAAGCAAGCAUUGAUUGAUAGAUUGAAAGCAAGUGAACGGAGAAAGGAAAAAUACGUUCAUGUGGAACGCAAAAAGGAAAGAGAGUUAACUCAAGAGGAAAGGUUAACACAAGCCGUUGAAACCGAAAAGGAAAAUAUAGAAUCGUUAAACAGAUUUAAGGAGCAAGAGAUUGUUAAAAAGGAGAGGCAGAGACUUUCGCUAUUGUCAAAACGAGUCAAAUUACAGAAUGUCAUUAGAUUUACAAGUCGUGAGGCGUUUAUCACAGCGAAGGAAGAAGUGGCCGAGGCAAGGCGGCAGUUUGAAAUGUAUAUGAAGAAAAGAAAAAGAAUAGAUAAAAGAAAGAAAGCGUCUAAUGGCGAAAAGGAAGCUUUUCCUAUUGUAGCCCCGUUUUCCAUAGAUUACUCGUCGCCAUACCAGAAAGCCUUGGCUUUAGAAAAACAAAAAAACUUGGAAAAACAAGCUGAUAUUUUGGACAAUAUGAAUAUUGCUUUAAUGGAGAAAUUGAUUGCAUCUUGCAGUGAAGAAAAAGCACUGUUAGACUCGUCGCUUGUAGAUACAAAUGCUGAAAAAAUAGAGGUCAACGGUGCUGUCGAAGUGAAGAUGGAAGAAAAGACUUGCUCUGAAGAAACUAAAGAGGGCGAGAAUGACGUUGAAAUCAAGUUAAACAAAGUGGAAGGAGAGAUUCGAAUUGUAUCAGAUGAAGUGGGAGAGAAGGAGCAUGAGACUGAGACUGAAGUGGGAGAGAAUAGGAGUGAGGCUGAGACUGAAGUGGACAAAGUGGGAGAGAAGGAGAAGGAAGCUGAAACUGAAGUGGACAAAGUGGGAGAGACUGACGCUGAAACUGAAGUGGACGAAGUGGGAGAGACUGACGCUGAAACUGAAGUGGACAAAGUGGGAGAGACUGAGGCUGAAACUGAAGUGGACAAAGUAGAAGAGAAUGACGGUGAAACUGAAGUGGACAAAGUAGAAGAGAAUGACGCUGAAACUGAAGUAGACAAAGUAGGAGAGCAUGGAAAUUCCAAAGCGACACAACUUGAACUGUUGUCUGAAUCCGAAGACCAUGGAAAUAAUGGGUUGAAGAAGAAAACUGAAAAUGAAGAGGCUUUAGAAGCAAAUAAUCAAUCCCCCGUCCCUGCAAGUGCAACCUCUAAAAGUCAAAUAGCUGACGAAAAAGAGCUUAGCCCUGCUCGCAACAUUGAAUCAGAAAUAACUGUCAAAAAGGAGCCAGGAAUUGAUAGCACUCAAGAAGAUAACACUUCACCAGCCCAUACCGAUGCUACUUUAUUAGAGGGAUCUUUGUCGCCAAAUCAACCGCAGGCUGAGCGCAAACGGGUGAAAUUUGCAGAUGACCUAACUGGAGUUGAGUCAACGGAUCCUACUCCUCAACCAGAAUUUGCAGUUUUGGACAAAAAUACAGAAGAAACCUCGGGUUAUGUGGAGAUCUUUGAAGGUCCUGUUCAAAAGGUAGCACGUAAUAUGGUAUGCCUUUUAGAUUUCAACGAAGAUAAAAAAGACUUGAGAUUGAACCCACAAAACAUAAAGGCCAUUCUUUUUGGCAAACAAUCAUUACUACCUGCAUCACGAAGAUUUAAUGACGUAAAGACGAUUUUAAGAAUUGGCAAAAGGAAAAAUCCAUAUGCAUCAGCUUCAAAGGAUGAAGAAAAGCUAUUUAGACCAGUUUCUGAAAUCACCAAAGACAGCCCGUUAUUUGAUGAGUUGAAGAAAUUACCGCGAUUAGGUGUUCAACAAGAUAUUAUUGAAAUUACUAAUGACACAAAAGAGAAAGAAUCUAGUGAGGUCAUUAUCAAAACCGAAGCUCCAACAGGAUUGUAUCUUCCGAAUGGUAAUAAGAAGGCAUGUAUGAUUUCUGGUACAGAAGUGAAAUAUUUUGACCCGUCAACGGGUAUCCCCUACAGCUCUGUCGAUGCCUACAAGACCUUGAAAUUGAUUGAACAAGGAUAUGCACAAUGGUUAAGUUUAGAUGCCGAUACAAAUGAUACUGGGGCUAUUGAUCUAUACUUGGGCUUCAAAGGGGAGCAUGCUAGACAUGCAAAAGGAGUCCCCAAGGGGUUUUGA